CUUAUGUAAGCAUUCUCACAAGAAAAAUAAGAGAAAGAAAGAAAAGCCCUAGCAGACUUGUUGCAUUCUCCGCUAAAGAGAAACAGAGAAAACGCGAGAGCUCAUCAUGCCGACUUCAGCAGAGGAAACCACAGAUUUUAUAAUAACACGAGAAGAUAGACAAGCUGCGAAAACAUUAGUAGCACUAAGCCAAGGUAAACGAUAUCAUCCAAGAGAAGAAGGUGAAGAAAAGUGUAAAGAGGUAGACAAUUCCGAGGAAACCAUGAUGAUUAUUAAGGCAUGGAACCUAGCUAAGCCCGACCCGGUGGAGAAUAUACCUAGCAAUGUGGCUGACUUGGUGGAGCGAUUCAGUGAACCGAUAAAGAAGCAGCUUAGGGUGAGUGACGUGAAGGAUAAUCUACGUAGGCUCCUGUUAGGGAAGGAUCAAGUGAAUAAAAAGAUGCGUCCUCUUUUAAUAGGUUCUGAGAUUAAGCGAUUGAGAGAAGGGCUUGAUGUUACGGUGUAUGGACCAGGGAAUGUGGUUCAGAAUAUGACGUUCAAGAAGUGGACCAAGGGCCAGCCUGUGUUGACUUCGGGAUGGAAAGGGUUCGUUGAUGCAUGUGAACUCAAGGAGCAUUGUGAUUUUCUACACAUUUGGAUGUUUAGGCACAGAGUGACUCGUAAGCUUUGCUUCGUUAUUGAGAAGACUAACUAUUCUACAAUAACGAAACCGCUGGCUAAGGAGAUCUCGGACCAAAUUAAUUAGGGUUUUCAUGAGUUGUUUGUGUGCGUUUUUUCUUUUCUUUUUUUUUGGUAGGGGAACAUAAGUGGUUUUUAGGGUUAUCAACUUAUAAUUAGUGUCCUUUCACGAGGAUUUGAUUGAGGCUACCUUUCAAAAUUCUAGUUAUA